AUGGACAACGACCCAGCAGUAUCCUCCUCACCGGCGCCCUCCGGCACCUUCACCAAUUUCCCUCGCCUCCCCUGGGAGCUGCAGCAGCAGAUCUGGCUCGCCUCCAUUCAGGACCUGCGCGGCCGCAUCGUCCACAUCACCGACAACCUGCCCAUCCGGACGUUUGCGGAAAACCUGCGGCCGGCGGUCGUCUGCGCCGUCUCGAGCACCGGGUGUCCUCCUCCACCACAGCUGGCCGCGUGCCGGGAUUCUCGGGAUCUGGCGCUCAAGUAUUACCGGCCGCUGCUGCUGGGGAAGCUCGAUCCAGAUGCGAACGCGAACGCGGCGGCGGCGGCGCAAGAUUUUGUUGCCUGGGGCCAGAGGGGGAUGAGGGUUGAUCUUGAGAAGGAUAUGUUGAUGCUGAGCUUGUCUGGGAUACUUAACUUUCACGACCAGCUGGCAUGUCAUCGCCAACAUGCCGCUGCCGAAGCUGGAAACCUUGACCUACGUGCUGGGCAACACGGACCGCUUCUGCGCUCUGACCGGCGCGUAUCUACAGCGGCCGCUGGUGACGGUCGAUUCGAACCUGGUCGAUUGGAUGGACUUUGUGCGGCAGAAGACCAUGGCCAGCACGAUGCUUGCGAUAUGACCGAGCUGGAAGAAAACUUCGUCGUAGCCCUGGAGAUGCGGAACAGCUUCCGCCGCUUCGUCGAGACCCACGACGCCGGCCCGCUCUGGCGGAACCUCACCUUCCGGGUCGUGCUGGCUGCGGUGGAGAGCCCAGCCGGCGAGGAUGGUGGUUGUCUGUACGCGAGGCGACUCGCCCACCCGGCGCCCGUGUUCGGCCCAGAUCAUCAGCCGGGUCCCCAAGCCGGUACCAAGCACACGUAUGUGAUGCGGAAAAUCUGCGGCGGGGAUGGAGAGAUCCUAGGUCGGUACGAGGGUGUGCAGAGGUUGUUUGAGGAUGGCUUCUUGCACCUGCGCGGUAUGGCCGAUGAUGAUUGUGAUGGUGAUGGUGACGAUGGCCAGCCGAUUGACAGCUAUAGCGGUGGUCGUGGUCCCACGGUGGGUUUCUGUCCGGGUAUGAAGAACGAGUGGGCGCUUGAGGAGGACCAGAAGAAGGCGGAGUCUCGGCGGACUCUGGCUGCGGAACCGCGGGCUGGGGAGCAGGUUUGA